AAACACAAAACAAAAACUCACAGGAGAAGACGAAUGUGAUUUUAUUUCUUCUCAAACAUAAAAAAAAAAAUGAUGAUCGGAGAAACCCAUCGUGCUUAUCCAACGGUUCAGAUUCCUCCAUGGCCACUUAACGACGAUCUAACGGCGGUUGAUAUUUACGGAAGUCCUGACGGCGGAAACAGCAUGCUCGAGGCUUUGGCUGCGUUACAGCGUUAUCUUCCGUCGAACGAGCCGGAUCCGGAUUCUGACCCGGAACUCUCGGGUCCGGAUUCAGCAAUCGAUACGUACUCAUGUGAUCAUUUCCGGAUGUACGAGUUCAAAGUCAGGCGAUGCACUCGUGGCAGGAGCCAUGACUGGACGGAGUGCCCUUACGCUCAUCCCGGAGAGAAAGCUCGCCGUCGAGAUCCGAGGAAGUACCAUUACUCCGGUACGGCGUGUCCUGAGUUUCGUAAAGGCGGUUGCAAAAAGGGAGACGCCUGUGAGUUCUCUCACGGCGUUUUCGAGUGCUGGCUUCAUCCGGCGCGUUACCGUACUCAGCCGUGUAAAGACGGUGGUAACUGUCGCCGUCGUGUUUGUUUCUUCGCUCAUUCGCCGGAUCAGAUUAGGGUGUUACCGAACCAUAGCCCUGAUCGAGUUGAUUCCUUCGACGGUGUGUCUCCGAUGCGUAGGGCGUUUCAGUUUUCGAUUUCUCCGGCGUCUGGUUCGCCGCCGGUGAGUCCACGUGACGACUCGGAGUCUUGUUCUCUAUUUAGUCGUUCACUCGGGUCUGGUUCUGUAAACGACGUCGUCGCGUGUAUGAGGAAUUUGCAGCUUAAUAAAGUGAAAUCUCUUCCUUCGUCUUACAACAAUCAAGUCCGAGGUUACGGACCCGCGUUCGGAUCGCCACGUGGAUCAGUCUUAGGUCCCGGGUUUCGGAGCCUUCCUAAUACCCCGACCCGUCCGGAGAUUGGUUACAUCGACAUUUGGGAUAAUGGUUUGGAGGAGGAACCGGUGAUGGAACGGGUCGAGUCGGGUCGUGAACUGCGAGCGAAGAUGUUCGAGAAGCUGAGCAAGGAAAACUGCAUGGAUCGGGUUGAACCGGAUCCGAAUCAGGGUUCAGGUGAAGCUCCUGAUUUCGGGUGGGUCUCUGAGCUGGUGAUGUGAUUUGAUCCGACCCGUAUGCCCCCGGAUAUCUGAUUAUCGUUUAUAAGAGGCAUGCGUGAAGUGGUGUUGUGAUGUGAUUAACGUCCGUAAACAUUAUUAUCGGAGAGUGUAAUAUGUUCUAAACAAGUCGGUGAUCAUUUUCUGUCUUGUCGAGAUUGGAAUGGGUCGUUGUACUUUUGUGUCCUCUGGGGAGAAGAAUAGUAAUUAACUUUGAGUAAACAAGAAGUUAAAACAUAAACUAUACGAAAUCUAACUAAUGGAUCCUAAUGAGUAUCGAAGCACGUUGCACG